GGUCCCUCUCUCAGGCGGGCGGAGGCGGCAGGGGAGGACGCGGCCCGACCUAUCAGCGACGCCGUCCCUGGGCAGCCAAUCGCCGCGCCGCGUCUUGGCGAGCGCUGCCAUGGUUACGGCGCGACGCGUUGCGCCCGCCGACCCUCGUCGCCAUGCAGGGCCCCGGCGGCGGCGGCGGCCGGCGGCCUCCCCCGGUAAGGCAAGGAUCAGGAGCGAGUUCUGGUAGCCAAAGACGAGCGAGCAUCCUCAGUGGCAUCUAUGCAAAUAAAGCAGCGAGCUGCAGAAGCCAGUCCACGACUUCCGAUGGCAAAGCUGUGGACAGGGCGUCUCUCGUGGGUAACAAGUAUGCCACACGGGUUUUUGAUGAUGAAGGAAAGGAUGUGACACCCCAUCCACUCUUCCGUUCAGAUCCAAAUACUGUUGUACCCAGGCAGGGCAAGCUCUUAGCAUCAAGUGCUUACUUUGGGGCCACAGGAUCUGGUUUUCUCUCUUCUUUUUCCAUGCAUCAGACAUCAGGAGUGAAUGGUAGUUUAGGUUCGUUCUCGAGGACAUAUGGAAGCAGCAGUACUUCUCUAUCAAACGCAUCAACAACUGAGUCCGUACUAGAUGAAAUAGUAGAACCUGGCUCUCGACGAGACACAGCUGUUAGCUUAUCUGAUGUGCAGGUGAGGCAAGAGGAGAUAAAAGAAUGGACAAAAGAAGACUUAGAUAGGAGAGUGGAUAUUUACCUCACAGAGACGGAAACUAUCUGGAUAUUGGAUAUGCCAUCUGUUGUGGUGUCUGUAGAAUCAGAAGAUGCUGGAAGAGUUCUGGAGCGGAAUAGGAUUUAUGUUGACAUUUGCAAAAAUAGACCUGGUAAUCAUCGCUUUGUAGAAAAAAUGAUGCAAACCAUUAAUGGCGCUGCAAAGAACAAGGAAGUGCAAUGUGACAAAAUCAUCAUGGAAGAUAAAGGGAUGCUGGUCACUUCCUGGGACUUGUACGAUUCAUUUAAUGUAUCGGAAAUAGAACCUACGUCAAAAGCAGAAGGUAGCAGAGCCACAACUGGGAAAAGCAGCAAAUCUCGUACAACUAAAGAGCACAACCAGACUAUGUUGGUCUCUUCCAACAGAGGCAGUACAACUUCUUCUCUAAUGAUUUCGGAAAGUGCUGUUCUUGCCAGAAUCCACGAAGAGGACGAAUGCCAUUCAGAAGCUAUAUUAACAUCAGAAAACUUUCAGCAGAAUUUGUUUUUCAUGGAGAGGAUUCUAAUGGAGAAUAUUUUUCAACCCAAACUUGCAGCUUAUCGGCAGUUUCCUGUCCUUAUAGAUCCUGAUGUUACAUCAGACAUGAGUGGUACAGUAGCAGCAGUGAAAGAAGCUAAACAGGAAGAGCAUGACAAGGAAAAGAAGGAUGAGGAAGAGCAGAAGGAUGCAUUUGUUGACCCAUCAAUUUUGUCAGAUCUAAAUAAAACCCCAGAAGAAAUUCUGCCUCCCAGACUGGAACGGCUGUGGUCAUAUAUAUGUGAUUUAACUAAUGGUCACAGUGUGAGCAGUAUGGCUUGGAGCAAAGUAAACCCAGAUCUUUUAGCUGUUGGUUAUGGAGCAUUUGACUGUAAAGAACAAAAGAAAGGCUUGGCUUGCUGUUGGUCAUUGAAGAACCCCAUGUGGCCAGAGCGUAUUUUCCGGUGUGAGCAUGGUGUUACUGCUUUGGAUUUUUCUAUGGCAAGCCCAAAUCUUUUAGCGGUUGGAAUGUAUGAUGGUUCUGUCACAAUCUAUAAUGUACGGAGUUGUAACGACGCUGCACUUUUGGACAGCAGUGAAUCCUCAAAUAAACAUACAGGUCCUGUAUGGCAAAUGAGGUGGGUGGAACAGGACAGAGGUGCAACAGGAGAUGGCAAAAAAGAGAGAUUAAUCUGUAUCUCAGGAGAUGGCCGAAUAACAGAGUGGUUUAUACAGAAAAGACUAGAUUGCAUUGAUCUGAUGAAAAUAAAGCGAACAGAAAGUGAGAAGAAAAAAUUACCAGGUGAGAAAGAAAGGAAAAGGGAAGCUCUGAUAUCUCAACAGGCAGCUGGAAUGUGCUUUGACUUCCAUCCAAAGGAUACUAAUUUUUAUCUUGCUGGAACAGAAGAGGGUCAUAUCCACAAGUGUUCUUGUUCAUGCAAUGAGCAAUUUCUAGAGACAUACAGAGGCCAUAAGGGUCCUGUGUACAAAGUCGCUUGGAAUCCAUUCAGCACUGACAUGUUCCUAAGCUGCUCUGCAGACUGGAGCAUUAUUUUAUGGCACCAGGAUUCACAGACGCCCAUUCUAACUUUCAGUUCCGCCACUGCUUUUGUUCAUGAUGUUAUGUGGUCUCCAAAAUCAACCUGCAUAUUUGCAGCAGUGAAUGAAAGCAGAGUAGAAAUUUGGGAUCUUAGUGCCAGCAUCUUGAACCCCGUGACCUCUUGCUUUGCUAACCCAAGAGUGAAAUUCACAUCUGUACUCUUUGCUAAGAACACCGACUGCCUUCUCGUAGGAGACAGCAAAGGAGAAGUCAGUGUGUUUGAGCUGCAGAACCUGGCUGCUCCCAACAAUAAUAAGGUUGGUACCUUACAUGACAUAAUUGGUCCUGCUGUAGCUAUUUAACAGCAGCUAACUGAUACACCUUCUCAGUUGGUAAACAGCAAGAAAGACUUAUUGUAGUAUUAACAUUGACUGUUUAUUCUUCUUCAAUCAUUAAAAUUUCUCUUUGAAACCAUA